AAGUUUUUGCUGUGGUUUGUGUCAUGUAUCUGUCAGUGCUGUAAUUGGGAAAAUGUGAAUUGAUUGAUGAUGCUAUUUCUGAUGAUUAUAUAUUCCCGAUAGGAUGGCUUCCAAGAUAUUUUGGCUUCUUUUGGUAAUGCUGUUGAGCAUUUCAACUUUUGGAUUUUGGAUGUGUUGUGUAGCAGUUUUAUCAGUUGCUUUGUUCUUGGUUGGAUUUUUAAUAAUAUUAUUUUCCAGUCCAGUUAGUAAAGUACAUAAGCAGUUUGAACACUCCAUCAAAAAUCCACAGCUACAAAAUCGAGUCCCCUUUGAAGGCAUUAAAAAGGUCGAAGUACUAUUAGAGAAACCUCGGACAUUUUCAAAACAUGACCAACGCCUUACUGGGUCCAAUGAAAUUGAUUGUCAAAUUAAAGAAAUGCUUUCAUACAUCCUCCGAGAUUUCAUUCUGUCUUGGUACUUCAAAGUGUCUGCAGAUGAAGAAUUCAUUAUGAGGUUCAAUGAAAUGUGUAAGAAGGUGAUCAUUAGCUUUUCUAACAGUUCAAAAGAAGUUAAUUGGUUAAAAUUCAUCACACAGAAAGUUGUUGAAGAUUUUACAACUCAUUUGAGAUUGUACAGACUAGCUGAAGCUAAAUUUCGAAAACAACAAAAGGAAAAGAACAACAUGAAUUCUACAAUUGAAUCUGUCUUUUUUGAGCUUGAGUCUACCUUAGAUACAAACAUUUGUAGAGAAAGCGUAUGUACAACAGAAGAAAGUCAAAGAGGAUAUCUGCAGUACAUUUGUGAUACUAUUUUAUUCUUCCUACUUCCACCUGAAGAUCUCGGCAAUAAAAUAUUUAAGCAUUUUUUAAGAGAGGUUUUGUUAUGUGCUUUGCUGGAACCUAUAAUCAAACAAUUUGCUGAUCCUGAUGUUAUUAAUCAAAAUUUAAUUUGGCUGUGUAAAGAUUACCAAAUAAAUAAUAAAGCUCUACUAAGUGUUCUGAGGCGAACUGAGAGUGAAGAUGAGUUAGUUGCUUUUCAACAAAUUGCAAAGCACGAGUUGAAAGUACAAAAUUCUAAAGAUAGUGGAGACAAAGAUGAAAUGAAGAAAUUCAUCAAAAGUAUUCAUUUUAUACAAGCAGUUGCUAACCAACGUCUUGAGAGAUUGCAUGGAAUUUCUAAACAGUUGGAUAUUGACUCUGCAGAAUUUUACUUGAAUUAUGAUACUGUGGAUGCUCCUGUUUCUACAUCAAGGAAAUUUAUUUCAUUGCCAUUUGAUGUAAUUUUAAAUAACAAUAUUGCUUUGGAUUACUUUACUCAAUAUUUAACUGGAAUGGAGGCUGAUGGAUACGUCUUCUUUUAUCAUAAUGUUGAAGGGUUUCGUACUACUGUCGAAAUGUUAAAUGAUAAUGGGUAUGAUGACGCCUCUGCAGAAUCUGUCUCAGAAAAAUUGAGAAGUUUGGCUUUACAAAUAUUCGAUUCCUACUUAGGUCCAAAUGCUACCUCAAAAGUGAAUUUAGAUGAACUAUUGCUGAAGAAACUACUUUCUCGGAUAAAAACAGAAAAUAUUACUGAAACAUGCUUUGAAGAAGUGCAGGAAAAGGUGUAUGAAAUUUUAGAGAAUGAGUUCUAUCUUAACGGUUUUAAGGGCUCCAAACAAUACAUCAAGCUUCUAGCUGAAUUAGAUUUAUUGCAUGACUUAACAAUGAGUGGAGAUUUAGAUAGUUUAUCGUCUUCCAAAUCAGAAGAAGAAAAGUUCAACUGUGAUGCUGUAGUUCCCACGGACGAGGAUAUGCUUAACGAACUUUUGAAUGCUGAAAUUUCGCCCUCUGAUUAUGAAUUCCCUGAAAUUUCGUCUGGACCAUUGUCAGACGAAACGAAAGAAAUUGGCAUCAUAGUGGCAGAAGUACACAGCACUGGCAUUACUCAUCAUGCUGGAAGAACUUUUGCUGUGUAUGCCAUAUCUGUUAGUCAUUAUAGAAUGGAAGGUCCUGAAGAAAAGUGGUUUGUUGUCCGGCGAUACAGCGAAUUUUACGACUUCCACGAGCUUCUUGUUCAAAAAUUUCCAGUUUUGUCUUCCUUUAACUUUCCAUCAAAGAAACCUUUUAAUAACCUUAGCAGGCAGCUGAUGGAGAAAAGACGCUACAUGCUUAAUGAUUUCAUACAUUUCCUCCUUUCUCACGAUACCCUUGCUAUUUGUGAAGGAUUGUUGUUGAUGGUUUAUAAUUUUCUUCAGCCAAAUGUUUCUGAAAAAGGGAAGAAAUCUUUUGUGCGCUCGGUUGGUACGCUGGUGAAUCCCAUCAAAACGUCAGUACGGACCGUCGGGAACAUUGUACGUUUGGUUCCUGAUACACUGUUUGAGUUGAAAGGCGGUUUAAUCAGAGCUCUUUCCAGGCACAAUGAAGUCGACAACAGUUGUACUACCAGUGAUGCAAAGCCAAUUACAUUUAAGGAACCUAAAACUGAUGAUAUUCCUUUUAGAAUAAUUCUAUUAUUAAUGGAUGAAGUUUUUAAUUUAAGAAAUAAGGAUCUGUGGUUCAGACGAAGAAUAAUGGCUCUGCUCAGACAGAUCAUUAAAACUAUGCAAGGUGGCUCAAUUAAUAGAAAAAUCAGAGAGUAUGUUCAAGGAAUGACUAGUGCAACUCAAAUAGCUGAAUGGUUAAAGCUUCUGAGCAAAACAAUUUGGCCAGAUGGCAAACUAGCAAGUCCAUCUCCAGAAAGAGAUGCUAACACUAAAUUGAGAACAUGUUUAGUAACGAAAAUGUUGCUGUUUUGUGCAAUACCUGAUGAAUUGAAGCAUAUUAUUGGGUUUGAAACAUCUUUCAAGGGAUCCAUGUUAAUAUUUAACGUGUUCCAACAUCCAUCCUUGAAUCGCAGACUCAUAUUCGUGUUAAUUGAAAGCCUUUUGACGGCAUUAUUUCCUCAUAACAAAAUGGCUGAUUUGUUCCAAAAACUUCAUUCCCAGUCCCCACGACGUUCGAAAGCUACUUCCAUGGAUAAAGCCAACAAAGAUGAGCUAUUAGAAAUGCCAAAGGGUCCAGAUAGCGAAAAAAUAGGGGCAGGUGCCCAACAACCAUUGAGGGGGAAAAAGGGUGAAUUUGACAGUCCUAGUAAAGAGACUAAAAAACAAAAGGAAUCAAAAAGUAAAUUACAGUGCCUUUCUCAGCAAAGUACGUCCAGCCCUAAAUCAACUAAAAAGAAAAAAAAAUCUAUUGAAACUGCAGUAUUUUAUACAGAUUAUGCUGAACAUGAAGAUACUGUUAUUUUACCUCUUGGCAGAUGACAGCUAAUUUUAUUCCAGUUCACUGCUUUUAAGAUCAAUUCCGACCAAUUUUCCAU